GUUCAUUUUAUACAUCAGGAUGAAAGGAGGUUACAGAUCUCCCAUAGAUUAGGGCUAUUUACCAUAUCUCCUUACUUAUUAGAGUCACAAAUCUUAGCAGGAAGCCAGUUAUGCAGAUUGAAACACGAACUUCUUAGUCUAGCAUUUUAAUACUUUUUAAUGGUGAAAUUUAUCUAGACUUAUCUAUAAAGUCUUUUGCAAUUUGUGGUAUGCUGAGUAAGAACUACAGAAGAACAAAAAUAAAAGAUUUUUUUAAUGGCAACUUAAAAAAUUAUCACCACUUGUACUACUUACAAAUUUUCCUCCAAAAAGUUACUUUGACUCAUAGUCAAUUUUUAAUCUUGGAACAACUUCUUGCUAUCAGAAAUACUUCAAGUGCCUAAAACAUCUUCCUUACCAGCCAGUAUCUCCCGCUCCACUCUAAGAAAUGCAAACUCGUUCAAGUUUAACCUGAAUGCAACAUAAUUUGGAAUCUUUCAUUAAAAUAUAUAUCACACAUUUUGAAGCCAAACAUAUUUUAAAAUACCUGUUUUUGGUGAUUUGGGGUACACAUGCUUAUCAGUAUAACAUAUUUUAAAAGAUUUUUUUCUACAUACUCAAAUCUGUGUUCCAUUCAUUUUUUCACUCCCACACCUUUUUGUCUAUCCAAUAAUUCAGGAAUCUUUACAGAAACAUCUUGUUUCCAUUGAAAUAAACAACAAGAGUAGGAAAAAGAGUGAAGCGAAAUGGUUCUAAAUUCUAUGCACCAACAGGCAUUAAACAUGCAUAAACUUUUAAAGAGAUGCCAAGACUCACUAAAAAGGAGAAAAAAAGUACAACGAAGGUUUCUGAGUAGUUUUUAGUUACUCAAUUUAAAAACUUUAUCUUGUAAGCAAACUUUAACAUCAUCCAGAGCAUCGCACUUAUAUAUGAAAGAAAAAGUUCUUUAUCACACCUUCAGAAAUUACAACUACAAAUUCCUAAUCCCUUAUUUAAAAUCUUUUUGGCUAGAUAUGUUUCAAAAUUCAGAACUUUUCUUAGAAUAGUACGUCUGCCAUAUAUUAUGAAACACUUCCAGCAAGCUGUACUGUAAACACAAUAUUUCUGUAGAAAACUUAUGAAUAUUUACACAAAGGGAACAUUCAGUUACACAUAGCCUCACUUCCCUUCAGGUCAAACUUUACUGCUAAAGGAGUUAGAAACGACAGACAAAGGAAUGGGGCCUGUCAUGACAUGUUAAUUUGAAAUCUAAAUCUUUAUGUUUGAUAACUAGUUCAGAGUCAGUGUAAACAUUUGGUCUUUCCUUCCACAAAAAAAGAAACAGUGUAUUUAAAAUUAAAAAUGAAACUCAGUAUAUUUUAUUUCAGAAGGUAAAAGCAAAAUGAAUUAAUCUGUGAAACUAAGUCAAUCACAUUAUGAUCUUCUAGAACUUGGGUAGCUCCACUCUGGUUAAAGAUUCCAUUUCUUGGCACAACAGUAAAAGACAUCAGAUAGGCCCCCCAGCUUGCAGGGUAAGCAUCCCUGGGGUAUUCAAAUAACUUGGGUAGCAAUGAAGAGCUGCAGAAGAGCAAGGAGACCCGAGAUGAUGUAGAGUGCUGCAGCAUACCUGAGUUGGGCAAACUCAGCCUCCGAAGAUUAAAGGAAAGAGCCCAAGUAGGAAUCUGUGUGAUCACUGUUCUUUUGCCAAGACACGGGGUGGACAAUAAGAUUCCUUUACAAAGCACUGGUGUAAGUGUUUGCCUGGUGCUGCAAAAAGCGGCUCACUGGGAAUGGGGAGGAGCGUGUGGUAAGCCAGACCUGCGGCGAGAAGUUGGGUGAAAAUGGGUCUUAACCAUCGCUUCCUGCAUCUAUCCCAGAGGGCUGGGUACCUUCGUGGGCGGAGCGCUGCCUGCCCAGAGUGCCUUCUAGAUCCUGGGUCAGGCGCCAAGCUCCCCAGCAUCAUGCAGGAAGCUGCAGCCCCGCAGAGUUAAGACAGCUCAUUUGGCACCCGGCGAGCCCUUCCCAGGCCCGCAGCCCAGAAUAGAGCCGGGGCCCAAGACGCCCACUGGAGAGAGGGUCGGGUCCCACUACCGCGCAGGCCCGGCUCGCCCCUUGCAGCUGUCCGUCCAGUCCCGUUCCCCGGAAAGUGCGGGGCGGGACCCUCGCAGCUUUCUAUCCAAUCCUGUUCCCCGGCGAAGGCGGGGCGGGACCCCAGCGGCCUUCAGUCCAAUUCCCGCACCUUUGAGGCCCAAGGGAGAGCGAGCCGGUGCUGCUGCAGGCUGAGGCUGCGGCAGAGGCGGCGAGGCGCGGGCGGUGAGGACGGACAGUCACCGACUUAGUCCAGUUCCCUGUGAUCUCAAAACAAUUGUUGCAGCAGGCUCCUGGCAGUCCUAAGCAGUUCAUCUUCUUGGUGUACUGGUUUCCUAUUGUGAUUUUAUCAUGGAAAAUCAAUUGGCUAAAUCAACUGAAGAACGAACAUUUCAGUACCAGGAUUCUCUUCCAUCACUGCCCGUUCCUUCACUUGAAGAAUCAUUAAAAAAAUACCUUGAAUCAGUGAAACCAUUUGCAAAUCAAGAAGAAUAUAAGAAAACUGAAGAAAUAGUUCAAAAAUUUCAAAGUGGGAUUGGAGAAAAAUUGCACCAGAAAUUGCUUGAAAGAGCAAAAGGAAAAAGAAAUUGGCUGGAAGAGUGGUGGCUGAAUGUUGCCUAUCUGGAUGUUCGUAUACCAUCACAAUUGAAUGUCAACUUUGCGGGUCCUGCAGCUCAUUUUGAACACUACUGGCCUCCAAAGGAAGGGACUCAAUUAGAAAGAGGAAGUAUAACUCUUUGGCAUAACUUGAACUACUGGCAGCUAUUAAGAAAAGAAAAAGUGCCUGUUCAUAAAGUUGGAAAUACUCCUCUAGAUAUGAAUCAAUUCCGAAUGCUAUUUUCUACCUGCAAGGUUCCAGGAAUUACUAGAGACUCCAUUAUGAAUUAUUUUAGGACUGAGAGUGAAGGGCGUUCCCCAAACCACAUUGUAGUGCUGUGUCGAGGCCGAGCUUUUGUCUUUGAUGUAAUACAUGAAGGAUGUUUGGUCACCCCGCCAGAGCUUCUCAGACAACUGACAUAUAUCCACAAGAAGUGCCAUAGUGAACCUGAUGGACCUGGGAUUGCAGCAUUAACUAGUGAGGAGCGAACUCGAUGGGCUAAGGCACGAGAAUAUCUGAUUGGUCUUAAUCCAGAGAACUUGGCUUUGUUAGAAAAAAUUCAGAGUAGUUUACUGGUAUAUUCCAUGGAGGAUAGCAGUCCGCAUGUAACACCAGAGGAUUAUUCUGAGAUUAUUGCAGCCAUCCUUAUUGGAGAUCCAACAGUACGCUGGGGUGACAAAUCCUAUAACUUGAUUUCCUUUUCUAAUGGAGUAUUUGGCUGUAAUUGUGAUCAUGCUCCUUUUGAUGCAAUGAUUAUGGUGAACAUCAGUUAUUAUGUGGAUGAGAAAAUUUUUCAAAAUGAAGGAAGAUGGAAGGGUUCAGAGAAGGUACGAGAUAUACCACUUCCAGAAGAGCUCAUUUUCAUUGUGGAUGAGAAAGUUUUAAAUGACAUCAACCAAGCUAAAGCCCAGUAUCUCAGGGAGGCAUCUGAUCUACAGAUUGCGGCUUAUGCCUUUACAUCUUUUGGCAAAAAGCUAACCAAGAACAAGAUGCUUCACCCGGAUACGUUUAUUCAGCUUGCACUUCAGCUGGCCUAUUACAGACUUCAUGGACACCCUGGUUGUUGCUAUGAAACAGCUAUGACAAGAUAUUUUUAUCAUGGCCGUACAGAGACUGUGCGAUCAUGCACAGUUGAAGCAGUCAGGUGGUGCCAGUCCAUGCAGGAUCCUUCUGUCAAUCUUCGUGAGCGGCAGCAAAAGAUGUUACAAGCUUUUGCAAAGCAUAAUAAAAUGAUGAAAGAUUGUUCAGCUGGAAAAGGAUUUGAUCGUCACCUUUUAGGUCUCUUACUCAUAGCAAAAGAGGAAGGUCUUCCUGUUCCAGAACUCUUUACGGACCCACUUUUUUCCAAAAGCGGAGGAGGUGGAAAUUUUGUUCUCUCAACAAGUCUGGUUGGCUAUUUACGAGUCCAGGGAGUGGUAGUUCCCAUGGUACACAAUGGUUAUGGAUUUUUCUACCAUAUCAGAGAUGACAGGUUUGUUGUGGCCUGUUCAGCCUGGAAAUCCUGUCCCGAGACUGAUGCGGAAAAGCUAGUUCAGCUGACUUUUUGUGCUUUUCAUGAUAUGAUACAGCUGAUGAACUCUGCUCAUCUUUAGAGAUGAAUCAUCUAUUAAGCACUUACCAAAACAUAUCAUUAAACUGAGUGCUGGGAGUGAGUUGGUAAUAUGAGAUGGGAAGGAAUGUUGACUUGCUAACAUUCCUUUAACAAGUUAAGAAAACUUGUUAAAUGUAGAAAUUAGUAGAAUCAUGUUCUCUAAAUUUAUUCUGCCAUAGAAGGUAGAAAUAUUUUUAAACUCCUCUGAUGCAGCAGCAAUGCAAAUUAUGACAUAGUGAAUAUAGAACUAUGCAGUAUUUAAGCCUCAACAAUCCAAAUCUACCAACUUUAACAAUGCAAGUCUUACUCUAAUUUUUAAGUAUUUUUGUUGGUACUUACAUGGGUUAUAAAUCCUCUCUCUGGACAUCAAUGUAGAGUCCAUCUUUCAAGCACUUUAAUUUUUUUAGCUGCCAAAGGGUAUGAAUUACAUUAUUGUAUGCUAAUUUCCCUGAAAUCAAUGCCUUCUAUGUUCACCACAGGGAUACAAGCCUGUUAUAUUUGAUGGGAAAGACCACUACAAUUUAAUGGUGAUCUAAAAUAACUUUUUUGGGCUGGGUGCAGUGGCUCAUGCCUAUAAUCUUAACACUUUGGGAGGCCAAGGUAGGAGGAUUGCUUGAAGCUAGGAGUUUGAGACCAGCCUGGGCAACAGGGUAAGGUCCUGUCUCUACAAGAUCAAAAACUUAGCUGGGUAUGGUGGUGCAUGUGUGCCUGUAGUCCAAGCUACUUGAAGGCUGAGACAGGAGGAUCGGUUGAGCCCAGGAGGUUGUGGCUGCAGUGAGCUGUGAUGUGCCCUUAUGCUAUAGCCUGGGCAAGAGCGUGAGACCCUGUCUCGAAGAAAAAAAGAGAAAAAUAACUCUUUUGAACAAACAGACAAAUUAGCUAGUAGUAUGGAGAUGUAUACCCUCUAUCACACACACAUAAAACGGUAACAAAAUUCAUUGUGGUGUAUUAUAAUUAGUUUUGUGAAUAGAAAAAUAAAGCACUUAAAUUUGUUACAGUGACUUUUAAAGGAUUAAUGUUGAAUCACAUUGUCAGAAUUUUUUCCUCCUCGCUGUUCAGUUUUGUAGUUUUUACUCUCAAAAAAUGAAAUUCUCAAAAUUAUAUAGCUUUUUGUUUUAGGUUUGAAUAAAUGAUUCAUUCCUGUUU